AUGCGCCGCGCUAUCUACGAAGAAAUCAACGUAUUAGAAGCAGGGCAGGUCAACAGUAACUUGUACUUGCAUGAAACACCAGCCACGAUGUCAUUGUUAACUGGUUCAGGCUUUAGACCACGUGCACGACAGGAUAGGGAUAAGAAUCACGUGCAUCCACAUCCACGUACACAACAACAACAACAACAACGUUUUACAAACGCUAAGGUAUGUAUAUUUUGUUCAAGCAAUACGCACUUUGUUAAUGAUUGUAACGUUAUGAGGGACUACGAAUCCAGAAUCGCAGUGGUGAAAAACAAACGUCUAUGUUUUAACUGUUUGGGAACACACCAAGUAUCUAACUGUAAGUCUCAGAAAAGAUGUAGAAACUGUCAGAAAAGACACCAUACCAGUAUAUGUCAGACCUCAUCUCAAGUUCAACCGCCAAUACAGACGUCUUCAGCAUCUGCAGUCAGUGACAACCAGCUACAACAUCAGACUGCAGCGUUGCAUACUUACGAUCAUAUCACGUUUGAGCAGACGACAUGUGGGCAACAAACGCCGCACGUGCUACUUAAGACAGCGAUAUCUCCCGUAACAUGCGGUAUCAUUUCAGCAGAUACUAACAUUCUUUUCGAUGAGGGUUCUCAAAGAUCAUUUAUCACGAGAGAGCAUGCAGACAAACUUAGACUUACAUCCACGGGAACUGACACUUUGCACUUGGCGAGUUUUGGAAAUUCGAAGAAUGAAGUGCGCCACCUAGACACUGCCACAGUGUUUUUGAUUACGUCCACCAAAGAGAAAAUACCGAUUAAUGUGCUGAUAGUGCCAACUAUAGCAGUACCGUUUCAGAAAUACAUCAAAAAUGUUUCCCACUUACAGCACUUAAAGGGUCUCAAAUUAGCGCAUCCGCUGACAGAAGACACAACGUUCGAGGUUCAACUUCUCAUUGGUGCAGAUUACUAUUGGAGAAUCGUUGAAGACGAAAUCAUCCGAGGUCCAGGACCUACAGCAGUCGCUUCCAAGAUUGGCUAUCUUCUGUCCGGUCCCGUCCCUUUUCAUGCGUCAUCUAGCAGAGCCACUACUAGUUUAACAUUGAAUGUUAUCACGCAGUCACCCCAAGAUACUGACCUAGAAAAUUUUUGGAAACUUGAGAGCCUUGGCAUUCAACAGAGCGAAGAUGAAAUCCCAGAGAGGAGUUACAUGCCAGAGUAUCAAGACACGUCAAUUAUGUUUACUGGAGACAAGUAUGUAGCGAAAUUACCCUGGAAAUUAGACCACCCCGCCCUUUCCACUAACUACGGCAUCGUGAAACGCCGAACUGAGACAUUGGUCAGUAGAUUACGUCAAGACCCUGUGACAUUGAAACAUUAUGGAGAUAUUAUCAGGGAUCAAGAAAGCAGAGGUUUCAUAGAAGAAGUUUCAGAUACAGACCAACCCCACAACAGUGUCCACUACAUUCCACAUCACGCUGUGAAGAAAGAAUCAUCUACAACACCUGUACGCAUUGUCUACGACUGUAGUUGUCGCAUGUCACGGAAUCAUCCGAGUUUGAACGAUUGUUUGCAGUCGACACCCCCAGAGCUCAACGAUCUUACAGCCAUACUAGUUAGAUUCAGACUCAAACAGUACGCCGUAGUCACCGACAUAGAGAAGGCUUUUCUUCACAUUGGAUUACACGAAAAUGACCGAGACAUGACGAGAUUUCUUUGGCUUUCAGACCUAACCAAUCCAGAGAGUGCACAAAAGACAUAUCGGUUUAAAUCUGUACUUUUUAGCGCGGUAUGUUCUCCAUUCAUUUGGAACGCAACACUCUUGAAACAUCUACAGAGAAACGCAAAUACAUGGGUCAGUAAUAGACUACAGAGUGACUUAUAUGUAGACAACUUCUUAUCCAGCCUUGACAAAGAAACAGAUGUCAUCAGUUACUUCCAUCAAUCACGUGAUCUCAUGUCAGAAGCAGGAUUCACACUUAGGUCAUGGAAUUAUAACAGUCACAAACUGAGAGAUACAGCGAGACAACUUAACAUUCAAGACAAAGACGAAGUAACCAAACUAUUAGGAUUACGCUGGGAACCAGAGACAGAUAUCAUGACAUACCAAGAAAGACCAAUAGAGACAAGCGCAAUUACGACCAAGAGAUACAUACUGCAGAGCCCAUCCCGGAUUUACGAUCCACUUGGUUUUCUAACCCCAAUCACAGUGAAAGUCAAGAUAUUACUUCAAGAUAUUUGGAAAGACAAGUUCGAUUGGGACACAAUGCUACCAAGAUCCUACCAACAGAGGUGGUUACAGAUAGCAACAGACUUGAACACAGCAAUGAAAACCCAAUUCCAGAGAUCUUACUUUGCCGAAACAGACGACAAUCAAGAUGCAGCAGACGACACAAAACUUCAUAUAUUCGUCGACGCAAGUACUCAGUCUUACGGUGCAACAGCUUAUUUUUGCAGAAGAAAUCACUCAUCAUUAGUAAUGGCUAAGAACAGAGUCGCACCAUUGAAACCCCUCACCCUACCAAAACUUGAACUUAUGGCGGCUGUCAUAGGAGCUCGACUUUCCCAACAUCUACGAAAAGCACUAGGUAUAGACAAGAUAGAUUACUGGUCAGAUAGCCAGAUUGUUUUACACUGGUUGAGUAACCCGGAAAAAAACCAACCGAUUUAUACGGAGACGAGUUGA